AAAAAAUAUUAGAACGAUCUAUUAGGUUGUGAUAAACUAACAGCAGCGAGUGCCAUCAAGUCUAUCAUCAAAACUUGUAUCAACAGUUGUUUCAAGACAUUUGUAAAAUAGAAUUAACCUUUCAACAACAAUUGUAGUAGUUGGAUAAUUUAAAUCUACAUUUCGAUACAACACGAACAUCAAAUGAAUAGAAACGACAAAUUAAUACCUGGUUACCCAGUAAAAUCGGCAACAAUCACUAUUGAUAAUAAGAAUGUUUUAAUCAGUGAUCUCUCCGAAACUCCUGGAGGUACAAUUUAUGGCACAACUCCUGGUGGUACAAGACGUAUUUACACUAGAAACGCUUUGUUGUUAUAUCGUAAUUCACCAAUGGCUAAAAGUCCACCGAUUAAUUUACCAACCAUUCCAGGUAUUACCACUGAUGAGGAUCAAUCUUCUUUGUACACCAAGAAGAAGAAGGAAGUUGAACAAAAAGAAGAAAGUGAUGAAGAAAUUUUGAGUGAUGAUGAAGAUCAAUUCCAAAUGGAUUAAUUUAAUUGAAUCUUAUUCUAACACCUAACACAUACAUAUUUACUUUUUGAAUUGGUUUUCAUCAUCUUCCGUAAUAUAUUAGGAGUUUUUCAACAGGCCUACAAUUCCAUUUCCCAACCCUAAACUUUUAGUCAGACUUUUUUGAUAGUACUAAAAUACUAUUCAAAUGAUUUUACUCUCUACCCAAUAGUUAACUCCCUGACUACGAAAUUGUAAAUAAAGAACCCUUUUUGAUGAUG